UGAAGUUGGCUGUGCAGCAGCUUGCAGGCAGCACUGCCAUGUAGCAGGAUAUCCAGAACCUCCACCUGCCACCUUGGUGCGGGUAGCAGGAGGUGCCCCAGCAUUCGUACUAAGUUGGGUUGAGUCAGCAGGAUUCUUUGUGCUGCUUUCUGUUCAAGAUGCAGCUCGUUACCUGGGAAUGAUCAUUCAGUUGCCUUGGAGAUGAUCCUUCUGCUGUAAAUGUAGGGCUGGAAAUUAAUGUUGUGGGCAGUAUGGACCUAAUGAACGGACAGUCAAGCAGUGUUAAUAUUGCAGCUACUGCUUCAGAGAAGAGCAGCAGUUCUGAAUCUCUGAGUGACAAAGGUUCAGCUGAACUGAAGAAGAGCUUUGAUGCAGUGGUGUUUGAUGUUCUGAAGGUUACACCAGAAGAAUAUGCAGGUCAGAUAACACUAAUGGAUGUCCCCGUAUUUAAAGCAAUUCAGCCAGAGGAGCUGGCAAGCUGUGGUUGGAAUAAAAAAGAGAAGUAUAGUUCUGCUCCAAACGCAGUUGCUUUCACCAGAAGAUUCAAUCAUGUAAGCUUCUGGGUAGUCAGAGAGAUUCUUCAUGCACAAACCUUAAAAAUAAGAGCUGAGGUUUUGAGCCACUAUAUUAAAACUGCAAAGAAACUGUAUGAGCUGAACAAUCUGCACGCUCUUAUGGCAGUUGUGUCAGGCCUACAGAGUGCUCCUAUCUUCAGACUGACUAAAACAUGGGCGUUACUGAGUCGGAAGGACAAAGCCACUUUUGAAAAGCUGGAGUAUGUUAUGAGUAAAGAAGAUAAUUACAAAAGGCUUAGGGAUUACAUCAGCAGCUUGAAGAUGACUCCAUGUAUUCCCUAUUUAGGUAUUUAUCUGUCAGACUUGACGUACAUUGAUUCUGCAUACCCAUCGACGGGGAGCAUUCUGGAAAGUGAGCAAAGAACAAACUUAAUGAACAACAUCCUACGAAUUAUCUCAGACUUACAACAGUCCUGUGAAUAUGAUAUUCCUCUGUUGCCUCACGUCCAGAAAUAUCUAAACUCGGUUCAGUACAUAGAAGAACUACAAAAGUUUGUAGAAGAUGACAAUUAUAAACUUUCGUUAAAGAUAGAACCAGGUACCAGCACCCCCCACUCUGCUGCUUCCAGAGAAGAUUUAGUAGCUUCUGAAGUUGGAGCAUCGCCACAAAGUGGACGGAAAAAUGUUGCAGCUGAAGGAGCCUUGCUGCCGCCAACACCCCCUUCACCUCGGAACUUGAUUCCGCAUGGGCAUAGGAAGUGUCACAGCCUGGGAUACAAUUUCAUACACAAGAUGAAUACAGCUGAAUUCAAAAGCGCAACAUUCCCUAACGCAGGACCAAGGCACCUGCUGGACGACAGCGUCAUGGAGCCUCACGUCCCAUCGAGAGGGCAGGCAGAAAGCUCCACCCUUUCUAGUGGAAUUUCAAUAGGUAGCAGUGAUGGUUCUGAACUCAGUGAAGAAACUUCUUGGCCAGCAUUUGAAAGGAACAGGUUGUACCAUUCUCUCGGUCCGGGGACAAGAGUGUCACGAAAUGGCUAUCGAGGCCACAUGAAGGCCAGCAGCUCUCUAGAAUCUGAAGAUUUGGCUGUUCAUUUGUAUCCAGGAGCAGUUACUAUUCAAGGCGUUCUCAGGAGGAAGACUUUGUUGAAAGAAGGCAAAAAACCCACAGUAGCAUCUUGGACAAAGUACUGGGUAGCGUUGUGUGGAACCCAACUCUUUUACUAUGCUGCAAAAUCUCUGAAGGCCACAGAGAGAAAACAUUUCAAAUCCACCCCGAGCAAGAAUGUAUCAGUUGUGGGCUGGAUGGUGAUGAUGGCAGACGACCCUGAACAUCCAGAUCUCUUCUUAUUGACAGAUUCUGAGAAAGGAAAUUCAUACAAAUUUCAAGCUGGAAAUAGAAUGAAUGCGAUGCUCUGGUUUAAACACCUGAGUGCUGCCUGCCAAAGCAACAGACAACAGGUUCCUGCCAACUUGAUGACCUUUGAAUAGCAGGCUAAUUCAAAACACAACAGAAAAAAAAAAAAAAGAACAAUUUGAACCAUCUCAUAAAUGAGAAUGAGGUCCUGACAGAAAAUGUGCCAGCUGCAUUCUGUGCCAGAAGGGAGCCUGUCAGGCCGAUCUCCUGAACUCUGGAGCCCUGAACAAAACACGUAAUGGCUGGGGAUUAGGGUCCCCCGAAUGAAAAAUGGAAUUGCAACAUGAAUUGCCAUGGACCAUGCUUUGUUAUAUCCUCUGAACUGACCUGUGGAAACCACUGCCUUAAAGAGUGAAAGGAAAAACAACAGUGAAACACCAAAUAGUGUGUGUGAAACUUCUGGCGGUGCUGUGCUUGAGUUAAAUAGAUUGUAGCUUGUUUGAGUUUCUUUUAACUUUGUACUAAUUUUGAAAAUAACUCACCUUUUUAGGUAUUCUUAAGAAAGCAAGUAAACUGGUAUUUAAGAGUUGUAUCAAAAACUAUGUAUGAACUGGGUAAAAGAGGUGCUGCACACUCUAGAGAUGAUGUUGUUUGGACUAUACCAGGAGUUCUCAAUGGAAGCUUGUCCCAGGCACACUGAGCCUGGAGCAAUGUUAAUUCUCUCAGACCUACGAGUAUAUGAAACAUAACAAAUGCAAGUUUGAAGUAGCAUUAAGCUUGCAAACUGUAGUACUGUAUGGGAGCCACAUUCCCUGUGAGCGGGCACAGACACACUAAGAAUGCUUUUGGUGCGCUGUUACCUAAUUCCUGGUUAGAGCAUAGUUCACAUGUUCCGGGUGCUUGGGGUGCGUGUGAAAGACAAAACUGAAAGCACUGUUGGCUCAGAACUGAGUGUUUUCUUCCCAUUUGUUCCUACACCUCUGUCUCCUGCAGAUGAAGGUUGAAUGACAAAAAAAAAACAAACAACAACCCAACAUCUUGGUACAGUUCUUGGAGACGUUUUACUUCUCCGGGUGUCUGUUAAUCAGCUAGGGACCACUGUCAGUGUAUGGUGUUUCAUAAUAUCACUUACAGUCUAUAUUUUAAAAUGAUAGAGGCACAAUCUCAAGCUUUCAUGAUCUCAUUUGGCAAUAAUUGAUUUUACUAUCUGUCUUGGUCAAAAUAUGACAUUGUGUGGUAUUGACAAUGUAGCCUAAAGUAGACCUUACGUACAGAAGCUCUUUUGAUGGUUGGACAAAUAAUUUAUGAGGUGGGAUAAUACAAAGAGAAAAAAGGUAUGGGACUGUCAAAGUUAUAUCCUUGACAGGAAUAAUUCUUGGUCACUGAAAUUACUUUGAAAAAUAAUGUGAUUGUAAAAAGGGAAACAUGCUUUAUACAUGUGUUUUAUGCAUAAAAACUUUGAUUCUUGCGUUGUUUGGGUUUCCUUGACAUCACCUAGAUAACAUUUCCUGGAUGAUUAGUCUUCAUUUAACCUUCCAAAACAUGGUCUUUGUAAAGCAAGUAAACAUUAUCCAAAAUAUGACUCUAAGAUAUCAGAACUUUGAAGUCUGUGGAAAAAUAGUAAAUGUUUCAUUGACGUUGUGGUUUAGUGGCCAUAAAUAAGCUUGCAGAUUCCACCGUGAAUACUCCUUUUUAAAGAGAAACAAACUACCUACCAGUUUGUGGCAGAGUUCUCUGACUGUGUAAUAAAGUUUUCUACUAGUAGUGA